UUAACACGUCACUAUACUGACAGUGUGUAAAUGCAACUUGACACCGAGAGUGUGUUUGGAGGAGAGAGUGAAAGUUUUGACAGUGACAUUGUUGGCUGAUCUGGUGAGGACACAGAGAGAGUCCACUACUUGAGUCAGUAUGAAUGGUGCCUUCAGUCCUAGGCGGGAACCAGGACCUGACCUCUCCUGUCUGCACCAGUACAACGAGUGGCUGGCUUGUAGGCAUGAGUCCAGUCUCCUGCCCAUGAAAGAAGAUCUGGCCAUCUGGCUAAAUGGAAUCCUUGGUUUGGAUAUAACAGUGGAUAACUUCAUGGACAGACUAGACACUGGUGUUGUCCUGUGUCAGCUUGCAGAAACGCUACAGGAGAAAAUGAUUCUCUCCGGCAAUGGCAAGCCCUUCAUUCGGCGUGUGAUUCGCUGGCGGCCUGAUGCAGCCUCUGGAUCGUUCUUUGCUCGGGACAAUACAGCUAACUUUCUGUACUGGUGCCGUAAAAUUGGGGUGGAGCCAUCACAUCUGUUUGAGUCUGAAGAUCUUGUUCUUCAGAAGCAUCCUAGGGAUGUAUGCUUGUGUCUCAUGCAACUUGGGAGAAUUGCUUCAAGGUAUGGCAUUGAGCCCCCUGCGCUGGUCAAGCUUGAGAGAGAGAUUGAGAAAGAGGAAAAAGAGUCUCUGUCACCAUCCAUGUUCUUUGCCUCACCUCUGCCGUCUCCCUCCACCCCACCUGUUUUUUUCCCUCCUGAUCCAGAGCCCCCUGUAAUCUCAACCCCCUCACCCAUCUCUCCUCCAUCCCCUCCUCCGGACCCCUGUCCCUCUACGCCACUGGCCCCUACCCCUCCCCCAGAGUCCACGUCCAUCUCCUCUGACUCAAACACCCCGUCAGAACCUCAGCAAACUUCACCAACUCCACCAUCACCCAUCAAGACACCCGUCAAAUCAAUGCCACCCUCUCCGACAAACAGCUUUGCAAAGACUAAUGGGAAAAAGAGCAGUGGGAACCUGCUGGAUGAGAUUGUGAGGCAAAUAUCAGAGGAUCCACCAUGCAAAUGUCCAGUCAAAUUCUGCAUUGAGAAGCAGCCAAAAGGCCAUUAUCGAGUCGGAGACAAAGUUCUCUAUGUCAGGAUGUUGAAUGAUAAACAUGCCAUGGUGCGUGUUGGUGGUGGAUGGGAGACCUUUGGUACUUACUUGUUAAAGCAUGACCCGUGCAGGAUGACCAUGAUCGCCCGGCCUGGAACCAAAACCUGCAAGCCUAACGGCAGGUCCCCAAUCAAGAGAGAGCUGUCCCGGGACAGUUAUAUGGUCAUGGGUACUCACUCCCGCUUUAAGAAGUGAUGUAACUGCUACCUCUGUUAAAUCAACAGCAGGCUGAUUUAGUUUUUCAUCUUUAUAAUUCAUCUUUCUUUAGGGCAGUGGUCCUGAACCUUUUGGGUCAUCAUGACUCACAAAUGUGUCACAGGUAUUUUCUGAUAGGGUCGCAGACUUAUUAAGAGGAUGAAAAUGCUUUUGAAAAAAUAAAAAAGACAACAAAACUAUGCAGGUUAAAAGAAAAUAUAACAAAGACUACUUUAAAUAUGGGGUCAUUGGCGAAAAGAAUAUUCAUAAAACCAUCCUAGAUUAUAAAACCAUUUAAAUUUAAGUGACAUUUACUAUUGAACACUUAAGAUGUAAAUCACACUUAUGCUGUUGUUUAUGCAUUUAUAAAAUUGCUUUCGUAUUCAGCCCAAGGUAUCCUAAUGUUGCUUAUUGAUGAUUAUACAGUAUACAUGAAUUUCAGAGUUUUUAAAACAUUUUGUAUACUUUUGUAUGAUAUACAAUUUUAAUACUGUGCUGGGUCAUCAUUUGAUGUUCAAUGUAAAAUCUGACCUGAUGCAAAAGAAUACUGACCCGUCUGUUGUUUUUGUUCACAGAUAUUAAGAUUUUUUAAGAUUUUGUUUCUUAUGUUAAAUUUUAAAAGCAUAAAGGGCGGGAUCUCUAAUAUUAAAUCAUUUACUGGGAAGCAUAUAUUGUAACUUUUUAUUUUGAAUCGAUUUAUGGAUGUUAUGCUGUAUUCUUUUAAGUUUGAGUUUACAAAGACACUUCUGUAAUGUCU